CAGUGAAGCGGCCCCGGCGCGCGCUCAGCGGAUGUCAGCGCUGUGUUUUUGAAAAGGUCACACGCAGUAGCUGCAGUCAGGCUGCACUUGUGCUGCAGCUGUACAUUCGCAGAUCCACUUUUACAGCAGGCUGCACUAGUUCCUGCCUUAGAAAAGUGCACUUUUUUGUUUGAAUCCUAGCGUUUGUCCGGUGAAGCUAAACAGUAGUCAGUAGUCAGUCCAUCAUCCUCAGGCAUAAUGAGCGGCUGAUGUGUGUUUUCAUGCUGAAGUGAAAAACCGCGAACGGAUGUGAGGAAAAGAGCGCCUGGAGAGAGAGAGAGAGAGAGAGAGAGAGAGACAGACACAGAGAGAGAGAGAGACAGAGAGAGAGACUCAACCCCUUUUUUUCUUCUUUCAAUCGUUCUGUUUCUUUUUUGUUUGGGUUAACAAUAGAGCAAGCGCGCCGGAGAGAGAGAGAGAGAGAGAGAGAGGGAGAGAGAGAGAGAGAGAGACUCGUAGACGCUGAACCUGUUUUCAUGCCUUCAGUGGAGCGGAGCAGGCGAUGGAUGUGAGAUUUUAUCCUGCACCCCCUUCGAGCGUGGGCUCCUGCACGUUAUCCACCGACUCCAGCCUCGCCUCUCUGGACUAUUACCACUGCAACAAGAACAGAUACAGUGUAGGAGAUCGUGCUAGGCUGUACAGCGGUUUGCCCGUGAGGCCCAACCCUGACGGGAAAAGACUGCCCUCUUCAGGGUUUGAUGGUGAAAACAUGUACAUGAAUGAAAAUAACCAAGAGUUCCUUUCCCCAAGUCAGCAGAACUACUCUGGGCAGGGAGGAGGCAGUGGGAAUGGAGGAGGUGGCGGCGACGAGGACUAUGAGAUUCCUCCCAUAACCCCACCAAACCACCCCGAGCCUCCUCUGCUGCAUCUGAUGGAUCCAGAGUCCGGCUAUUUGUGUCACUCGCUGCCCCAUAACGGCCUGAUCAACCCGUACUCAUACCCCGAGCUGCCCGCUCUCAUGAUGUCCAACAUGCUUGCACAGGACGGUCACCUGCUCUCAAGCCAAAUGCCCUCGAUGCAGGCUCUGGCCGGGUCAGACAGCGAGCACUACCCCCGUGCCCACCAUGCCCCCAAGCUAAACACUCCUACGAUACUGCCCCAUCCCAUGAGCGCUCUGUCCCAGCUCAGCUCUCGGAUUGGCCGAGGCUCCUUUACCUACGCUUCCCCUUCGUCCGUGGGAAGUCAGUCAGCCACGCCCUCCCCUUCGAACUCCACCCAGGAAGAGGAAGCAGAUUACCACGCAAAGAUCACGGGGGAGAAAAGACCCUCCUCAGACAUGAUGAAGCCCAAACCCAAGCCUCAGAAGAAGAAGAAGAAGAAGGAUCCCAACGAGCCUCAGAAGCCCGUUUCAGCCUACGCCCUCUUCUUCCGGGACACUCAGGCGGCCAUUAAGGGGCAGAACCCUAAUGCUACGUUUGGAGACGUCUCCAAGAUUGUGGCUUCUAUGUGGGAUAGUUUGGGAGAGGAGCAGAAACAGGGGUAUAAGAGAAAAACAGAAGCGGCUAAGAAGGAGUACCUGAAGGCCCUGGCAGCGUACCGAGCCAGCCUGGUUUCCAAGACCUACAAUGACCCAGUGGAGAGUAAAAGUGCCCAGUCCAGCCAACCCUCAUCCCACAUGAUGCCCCCUAACCCCCCGCUGUACAGUGUACCCCCUCAGCCUUCCUCUCCUUAUUUGGGCCCGAGUCCCUUCCCUCUAUCUGACCUACAGAGUUACACAGCAGCCGGAGCGCCUCGGCACGCGCUGCCCCGCUCGGCCAUGCUGCCCGCACUCAGUGCCUCCCCUCCGGCCUCAUUCCAAAUCAGCCCCCCUCUCCACCAGCAGCUCUCCCUGCACCAGGGCUCACUCCUCAACCAGCCAAUCCGCAUGCAGCAGGUCCAGUCGCAGCCAAUCAUCUCUCACCAGAUGGGCCUCCAGGCCUCACUCCACUCCCCGGCCCCAGGCCAACAGGGCUUCUCUCACUUACAGUCAGAAUAUCAGAAGACUGUGGGAGGCUCUCAGUCUCCUGGAGCUCCAAACCCAGUGGGACAGAACCCUGACUGGGACAGUGAGUACUGCAAUCGGGAGUGUGGAGGAAACCACUGCAGUGGCAGCAUGAUAGGCAGGGACAAGCCACUCUACCUCACUUGAAGUGAAUGGAGAAGAAACAAAAAGACGAUGUGUGACAAAAAGUGAUGAAACAACACCAGGGAGUACCCUACACCUCUCCACCCUUUCCCCCGUCACCUUCUGUUUUUACUCAGUGUCAUUUUCAUUCGUUUUUAGAAGGAUGUGUACGCGUGUUCUGAAGACUACUAGUGAUCCUCUCAUUUUUUGCCAAGCACUUAAAAUGUACAGGCCUCCCACUGGAGACCUUCCAGAGCACUCUUACUUUCUCUGAAUUAAAAAAAAAAAACAUAGAUAUAUUAAAGGAAAAAAUAAACAAACUACCAUAAAACUGGCCCUCAGGGCAAACGAGCUUUAAUUAAAAUAGAGGAAAACUUUCCUCUUCUUGAUUACUUUCUCAUGCCCUCAUUUUGUUCUUUUAUUUAUUUCUUGCUUGCUAUAAUGUUUUUUUUUGCCAAUAACAGGUCCUGUACUGUAGAGAAAUACUCUUAUGAUAAAGUCAUUAAAGACCAACAUCUUACUGUAGGUUCAUCUGAUGCUCUGUGAAUUUUGAAAAGGUAUUAGUAAGGUCAGAAAAGAAAAAAAAAGAAACAGGUGAAUAGAUAAAUACAUUUAACAACUUCUUUUUUUGUAAUUUUAAAGACCUUCAUUGGUCUUUAAUAAUCUGUCACAGUGUGAUUGUAAAUAUCACUUUUUUUGGGAUCAAAUUGGAAAAAAUGAAGUCCAGAUAUUUUUUCUUCUUUAAUAUGACUUAUAAUUCAUUAAUUUGUAUUUUAAAUGGUAUCCUGUGAGCGUGUGCUGGUAUGUGAGCAACUGAAUGCCAGUAUGCAUGUGUGUGUGUGUGUGUGUGUGAGUGUGUGUGUGUGUGUGUGUGUGUUGAAAAAUUGAUCAGCCUGUGCAGAUAUUAGAGGAGUGUUUCACACAAACACAAUCUUGCAUUAAAUCUGUGCUCACUGGUGGAUUGUCAAAUAAAGAUUGAUGGUUCAAAACCAUUACAAACUUUAUGACCUGCGUCUCCAUUUGGGAUCCGCAAACUGCAGCUCCGACCGUGUAAAUUAGCAGAAAACCCUGACCCAAGGCUUGGUUUGUAACAUUUUCCAAACAGGCUUGUUUUUAGAACCAAAAUUUGUUCGGGAUCUGAUUGGCUUUGUUUGUUAUCUCAGGUUGUACAUUUCAGAUGGAUGAAAACGGGGACAGCUUUUACAGGAAGUGAGCCCCCAGUAUUAAAACAAAGGCCUUUAUUUAAAGGCAAUUAGAGUCGUUCUUUUUGCCUGGUCUGACUGAUGAAUCCAUGCCAGUGCAACAUGUAGAGGGGAACCAAACCACGCUCAAUGUGAGAUAUUUCAGCACACAUUUAAAACAACAGUGGGUCUAUAGUUUUCUAGUAGCUUUGCUAGGUGUUAUAUUGUGUUGAUCUCAUCCUUAAGUUUUGUGGAAAAAAAUACAUUUGAUCAUUUAGUCAAGCUUUUCUUUCUUUCACUGUAGCAUAAUAUUUUAGUUUGGUAAAAAAAAAAAAAACUUUUAAGACAUUUAAUUUGUGUACAAACCUGCCAAUUGUAGUUAUUUUAUUUGUAAAGCCAGUAAUUAUAAUUAUUUUAAAUUGUUACCAACUUAUCUUUUUUUGCAAGUUGCCCAUCAGUUAUUUAAUUGUUUAACAGGUUUCCUAUCUAUUUAUGAACAAAAUGAGAUCAGUUUUGCAUAUAACUACAUUAUUUCUUUUUUUUUCUUUUUUUUUUUUGCUUUUUGGUUUGAUGAAGAUUGCUUUUUUGUUCGUUUGUUUGUUUGUUUUUUACUUUUUUGAUACUGGCCUCUUCUUUCCUUGCAGCCAGGUAAUUUUGUGUCACUAUACCUUUUUGGUUUCAUUUGUCCGUAAUAAUAAAAAAAAAUGUUAAAGGUGAAA